AUGUCACAAAGCCACCAGGUAAGUGAACGCUGCUCACGCCACCUGACUUUUGUAGACUGCUUCUCCGACCUCCACGUCCUCAUGUCGCCCAUAAUUCUCUCUCUCUCUCCACAGGUUAAUUCUUGGGACAGUUCCCGUCUGGAUAUGAUCGAUUCCACCCAACAUGAGGCAGGCAUGAACGCCUUUGCCGGCCUCUGCGAUCUCCUCAUCCCCGCCGCCGCUGCCGCUAGCGACUCUGGCUCAGCCGCAGCCACCAUCAUCGGUGCUUCUUCUGAUUCCCUGAUCUUCUUCAUUCACCUAGCCGGCGUCAAUUGCGCCCUGCACAUUCUACAGACCGCUGAGCUACAGUUGCGUGACCUGGCCCUGGACUACUGC